UUGCAAAAAAUUUCCCAGCCUUCAGCUACAGCCUUGAGAACCCUCAUCGACACGGUCACAGCCUUGUAUGACUCCUUGCUGUCUAUUGGGGAUGAUAGACGCAUUACUAAUGCCAUUUUAAUACAUCUGGUAAUGAGCAAGGUCGAUGCAGGAACUAAAAGAAAAUGGGAAGAACAGUUAGAUUAUACUUCGCUUCCACUUUGGAGCGAAUGUGAGGCGGCCCUCAACAGGCGAUACCAACACAUGGUAGCAGAAGAGGCUUCCAAGCCCAAAACUGUUCAGCAGGCCCAAUCUAACCCUAAGAAGAAUGGAAAUAGGAGUUUUUCGUUUGUCGCUGCCAGGAACGACUCUGUUCAAUGCAUGUAUUGCAACUCAGCUGAACAUCAGAUUGGAAACUGCGCUUCCUUCGCAGCCCUGACAGUUCAGCAAAGAUUCGAUUUCGCUAAAAGAGCACCCUUAUGCAUUAACUGUUUAAGAAAGGGUCACACGGUCAAAAAAUGCAAAUCGAACAGAUGUAGAGUGUGCAAUUCCUCACAUCACACUUUGCUACAUAUAUAUGCCCCAAACACAAAUCUCGCGUUGCCACCUCCUUCUCAGCCCACGCUCAUGCAGGAGUCUCCAUCCACUUCGCAUGUUUUGCAUGCGAAUGCAUCGGAUCGAGUCAUUCUUGCAACUGCUGUUGUGAGCGUCCAAACAAAAAGCGGCGAGUUUGUAUUAGCUCGAGCGUUGCUCGACUCUGGUUCACAAUUAAACUUUGUAACCGACGAGCUCGCUCAGAGGCUCAAAAUUACAAGAGAGGACGUGUGCAUGAGCUUGCGAGGCAUUGGUGGAACUAAUGCCCAAGCCACAAAAAAAAUACACACGAUUGUGAAGUCGCGAAUAGGGAACAGCCAAUUGUCGUCCGAUUUUUGGAUUAUGAAAAAUAUUUCUGGUUAUCAUCCGGAUCAAGCGGUGAACACCAGCGGGUGGAGGGUGCCUGAAAAUAUUCAGUUGGCAGAUCCAUUCUUCUUCAAGCCCCAAAAAAUAGAUAUGCUUAUCGGCGCUGAAACAUUCUUUGAACUUUUAUCUAUUGGCCAGAUAAAGCAGGGGCCUGAAUUCCCCAUCCUACAAAAGACAGUUCUCGGCUGGAUAGUGUCAGGCAGAUGUGCCUCUGAAAAUAAUAAAAACGCUGAAAAAAUGGUACAUCUCAGCUGCCAGGAGGAAGCGUUGGAGUCAAUUGACACAACCCUGCAGAAAUUUUGGUCUAUUGUCGUCCGGUAGAUUUUCGGUUCGUUUGCCGUUUAAAUCUGACCCAAAUACUCUUGGUUCGUCAUACGAAGUUGCGAAACGUAGAUUUUUGUCGCUAGAAAGGAAAUUGUCAAAGGACCCUUCGCUGAAGAAGAUGUAUAUUGAAUUCAUGGAGGAAUAUGUUUCACUGGGCCACAUGUCUUCCACCAAUGACAAAAUUCCGAAUACUCCGCACUAUUUCAUUCCGCACCAAUGCGUUUUACGGCCACAAAGUACUUCAACUAAGUUGAGAGUAGUUUUCGAUGCAUCGAGCCGUACUUCUACGCAGGUAGCGUUGAAUGACAUCUUGAUGGUAGGCCCAACUAUUCAAGAGGAGCUGUACUCGACUCUGCUUCGGUUUAGAUUGCAUAAGUUUGCCCUUGCGGCCGACGUCAAAAAGAUGUAUCGCCAAGUGAUGGUGGACGAAGCUGAUCGUAACUUCCAGCUCAUAGUAUGGAGACGAGAUCCUUCUGAGUCCCUGAAAAUCUUUAAGUUGAACACCGUUACAUAUGGAACUUCGCCAGCACCCUUUUUGGCGAUUCGGUGUUUAAUGCGGCUAGGAGAGAUGGCGCAAGCAACUCAUCCAAAAGCCGCAAAGGUUAUUCAGAAUGAUUUUUAUGUUGACGAUUUGUUGACUGGCGCCGGAUGCGUUGAGGACCUGCAAAGCCUUCGAGACGAAGUUUCUCAGGUCUUGCAAGAGGCAGGCUUUGAAUUGGCAAAGUGGUUUUCAAACUGCCCAGAGUUAUCCGCAUCUGAUAGCGCUGUAAUGCCACUUAUGGCAGACUCAGACGUAACCAAGACCCUUGGCGUGGUUUGGUUACCGGUUAAAGAUUACUUUCAAUUUCGGUUGGAUGACUCUUUCCUGGAUCUUCGCGCGACAAAACGAAAUAUUUUGUCGGUGACUGCUCGACUUUUCGACCCACUUGGCCUCUUGUGUCCUUUGGUCACAAAGGCAAAGAUGUUGUUGCAGGAACUGUGGCUUCGAAAAUUAGAUUGGGACGAGUCGCUACCGAUGCAGUUGCUCACGUCGUGGGAGACGUUUAAAGCGACGCUUCUGCAGCUGCCUAAAAUUAAGGUAUCGCGAUUCGUCAACACAGAUCCACAAGUCCCGAUUCAAAUACAUGGUUUCGCUGACGCUUCCAUGCGAGCGUAUGGAGCGUGCAUCUACAUUCGGACUCAAACUGCUGAAGGUUUGAAAGUGUCUUUAUUGACCGCCAAAUCGAAAGUAGCUCCCCUCAAGACGAAAACUUUGCCUCGCCUUGAGCUGUGUGCAGCUCACCUUUUAGCAGAUCUCUAUAAUCGUGUCAGGCCAUUGCUAAAUUCUCCCAUUGAGAAUGUUUUCCUGUGGACAGACUCCGAGAUCACUUUACACUGGAUUAAAACCCAUCCCUCGUCGUUGUCGGUUUUUGUUUCGAACCGGGUUGCAGAUAUUCAGGAGUGGUCGGAGAAAGCAAUUUGGAGACACGUUCCCACGAAAGUCAACCCAGCAGAUAUAGUGUCCCGAGGAUGUGACGUAGAGGAGCUUACAACGUCCAUUUGGUUCGGUGGGCCUUCGUUCUUGCUAGACUCAGAAAAUAAUUGGCCUGUAAAUAAACAUUUCGAACUGCCGGCUGAUGUAAUGUCGAUGGAGCUACGCAAAUCGGCAAUAGCUCUCGUAGUCAGCCCAGAGCCAAAUUAUGUGCUUCAGAAAAUAGAGUCUUUUUCGUCGCACCUGAAGCUUCUGAGAGUUUUCGUGUGGGUUUUUCGUUUUAUUCAAAGGUGCAGAAAGGUGUCGAAGCCCUUUGAAAAAAGUAUUUCGCCAAGAGAACUGGAUUUCGCUUUUGAUAAACUUGUCGAAGUUGUCCAAUUUCACGAGUUCAGGGACGACAUAAGUAAAAUUCGGAAGAAUAAACCGGUAGCAACGAAUAUUCAAAAGUUAAACCCUUUUCUUCAGGAAAAUAAAUCGGAUUGGUGCUCCUCGACAUUGCUACGAGUUGGGGGUCGGUUAUUGAAUGCUCCUAUCCCGUACGAAGCCAAAUUCCCGUUGUUGCUGUCUAAAAGCUCACAGUUCGUCAGAUCCUAUGUGUCAUACCUGCACGUUACGAACUGUCACGCUGGCCCACGAGCUCUCGUAAGUCGUCUGCGCGAGAAAAUCUGGCUAGUUAAUGCUCAAGAAGUCUGCCGACGAACAGUUCGGUCGUGCAUGCGCUGCUUUCGCUGUAAGCCGCAACUUUUGACGCAAAUUAUGGGAAACUUGCCAGCAGAUAGACUUCGAGCUCUCCGCCCGUUCAAUAUUUGUGGCGUUGAUUUUUGUGGUCCCUUCAGCACAACGUAUCGUAUCCGUGGUAAGCCACCGUACAAGUCGUACGUGGCCUUGUUCGUCUGUUUUGCGUCCAAAGCGGUCCACUUAGAAUUAGUGUCUGACCUAACCACUGAUGCGUUCUUGUUGGCAUUUCAAAGGUUCGUGAGUCGUCGCGGGAUUCCGGAAAAGGUGUGGUGCGACAACGCCACCAAUUUCGUCGGCGCAGAUCGCCACAUGAGAGAGUUCCGAGCCCGUCUGGAGGAGCAGGGGGGCGGUAUCGAAACAUUCGCAUCAAAAAAAAGGAUGCGAGUUUGCGUUCAUACCGCCCAGAGCACCGCACUUCGGCGGACUAUGGGAGGCAGGUGUGAAGUCUGCAAAGCACCUGUUCCUUCGGACGGUAGGCCAAGACCUCUUGACCGCGGAGGAGCUCGGAACUCUGCUCACCAGCGUGGAGGCCGUGCUCAACUCCAGGCCCCUCGGCGCUCUAAGCAGCGACCCGAACGACGGCGAGGCCCUGACCCCCGGGCAUCUGCUCAUCGGCGGCCCUCUUCUGGCCCCACCAUCAGCGGCGCUCCCGGACCAGAUCAGCCUGACCUGCUUGCGACGAUGGCGAGGUGUCUCGUCUCUCAGGCACAGGUUCUGGCAGCGAUGGUCCCGGGAGUACAUCUCCAGCCUCCAGCAGCGGUCCAAGUGGCACCAGGGGGAGCCCAACCUCGUCGUGGGAGCGCUCGUCGUCGUCGCAGAAGACAAUCUUCCGCCCCAGCAGUGGAGGAUCGGACGAGUGGUAGCGGUGCACGCCGGCGCCGAUAGCAAGGUUCGCGUGGCGGACGUCAGGACGCAGGACGGCGAAUAUCGGCGAGCUGUCCACCGACUGGCCCUGUUGCCCGUUCUGGGCUGAAGGACGUCGUCCCUUCAGAGGGGGCGGUGUUUGCGCACUCAGCGCUUGUAUUUAAAUCACUAGUUGUAGGGCGAGAGCGGGAGCCAAUAAAGCUUUCGUCUGUUCGCUCUUGCGAAUUCGCCCCGUCUCUCGCCACCGUAGCAUAAGUUAGGUUCUAAGAGAAAUUAUUGAAAUAUAAUUGUUAGUGAUCCAUCGAACAUCAUCGUAGCCACUCCUUUUCGUCGCGCUUUCGACAUAGUUUCACAAUUGUUCGCAAAUUAAAAUCGUCUCGAACUACUGCGUUCACAAAGUUUUCGCGUUGUUAAUACAAAAUAG